AUGGCAGACCGGCCUCUUCCCGCGGCCUACGACGAGGCGGCGGCGGCCAAGAACGAGAUGCAGGUCGACGAGCCCAAGCCCAGGUCCGUCGACGACGCCGACACGUCCGAGGGCGGCGACCACCGGCCCAAGAAGGACACGCUCAAGCGCAAGAUCCUGCGCGUGAUCUGGGACUCGCUCGACAAGUCGCCCGAGGAGCGCAGGUUCGUCGCCAAGGCGGACUGGUGGAUCAUGACCUACGUCUGCGUCGCCUACUUUGUCAAGUAUCUCGACCAGACCAACAUUGUCAACGCCUACGUCUCGGGCAUGAAGGAAGACCUGGGCAUGAGCGGCAACGACUACAACUACCUGCAGACCAUGUUCACGGUCGGCUACUGCCUGGGCAACCUGCCGUCGCAGCUCAUCAUGACCAAGGUGCGGCCGUCGGUCUGGCUGCCCAGCCUGGAGCUGAUCUGGUCGGUGCUGGUGAUGGUCAUGGCGUCGGUCAAGAACGUGCAGGGCAUGUACGCGCUGCGCUUCUUCAUCGGCAUGCUCGAGGCCUCGGCCUACCCGGGCAUCAUCACGCUGCUGGGCAACUGGUACACGCCGCAGGAGCUGGGCAAGCGGUCGUCCAUCUUCAUCGCGUCGUCGGCCGUGGCGCAGAUGUUCUCGGGCUACCUGCAGGCGGGGCUGUACCACGGCAUGGACGGCAAGCACGGGCUGGCGGCGUGGCAGUGGCUCUUCAUCUUCGACGGCAUCAUCGGCAUCCCCAUCUCGAUCCUCGGCUUCUUCGCCAUCCCGGACAGCCCGUUCACGUCCAAGGCGCGGUGGCUCAACGAGUCGGACCGGGCGAUGGCGCAGCAGCGCAUGGAGCGGGUGGGCCGCAAGCCGCCCAAGAAGCUGACGUGGGGCGUGAUCCGCGACAUCGCGACGUCGUGGCCGGUGUACCUGUUCAGCAUCCCGUUCGCGUGCCAGCUGCUGGGCAACCGGAUCUACAACUACUUCACCAUCUACCUCAAGAGCACGAAGCGGUACAGCGUCGAGCAGGUCAACCUGAUCCCGACGGGCGGGUUCGGGAUCCAGGUGGUGACGGCGCUGCUGUGGGCCUGGCUGUCGGACGCGACGCAGAGCCGGGUGUGGGUCAUCUGCCUGGCGGCGUCGCUGUCGAUGCUCGGCUGCAUCAUCCUGUCCGUCUACCCGGAGCACAACCACUCGGCCAUGAUGGCGGGCUGGUUCCUGACGUACUGCCAGAUGGGCGCGUCGGCGCUCAUGCUCAGCAUGGUCAACGAGCUGCUGUCCUUCUCGACGGAGCAGCGGCUCGUCGUCAUCGGCGUCAUCGAGACGUUCGGCUUCGUCAUGAACGCCUGGGUCAUCCUGCUGGCCUACGACAGCGGGCAGGCGCCCAAGUUCAAGGUCGGCUACGAGAUGGCGACCAUGUUCUUCGCGCUCGAGGCCAUCUUCAUCCUCAUCAUCGGCUACUGCGCCAAGCGGUGGAAGCCCGGCCCCAAGCACCAGGUCGUCGACGAGUGA